GACCGUUGAACCAUCUGAUAAACAAUAUCAAUUGCCAGUGCUCGGUUCCAAGCUUUGCCGUACUGCGAGUCUGUGAUCAAACAAUCCAUUUUACAGAUUAGAUUCAUUCUUGAAGUGUGGCUCCAGUUCGGCCGAUUUCACUGUUCCUCAUGCGUGUCGUUUAUCAACCGAUGAAUGGAACAUUUUCCCCAAACGAUGAUGAAUCUGAAUCUCACUGAAUCGAACAAGUUGGACGAUGAAGCGAAUACCGAAACAGGUCUACUCGCCCACGCGAAGCAGGAGACGCAUGAGUACAUAAGCAGCAACUCAGUCAAGACCCAGGACGCAGUUAUGGCCGAGAGUGCUGGUGGCGCUGAAGCUACUGCACCGACACACGAUCCCCCAGGUUAAUUUGAAUGGAAAUAGAAUUUUUAGAUUGAUUCUUCAUGCGGGGUUGCUUUCAUAUGCCUUCUGUGUUUGAAUUCUCUGCGUGAACGGUUGGCGGCUUCUGCUGGUUAUUAGGGUUCAUGGUUAACAGAUAGAUGAUUAAGGUUUGGGAUAGUGAAAUAUGACUAUCACGUUUCAAGAGAAGGCUUUAGAUUCAGUUGAAUUGGCCGAUUCGAGUUAGGAUGAUUAUUUCUCAGGCUGAUAAGAAAAUGUUUCAGCUCCAUAGCUCUGAUAUGUGCGCCUCUCAAUACUAAAGUUGCCGGUUGGCUUACAACCUGUUCAGGGUUCAUUGAAAUCAUCCUAAAGAUGAUGCCUUAUUAAAUGUGGUCUGUCAUAUUUGUUAUCCUAACAAGAUUGGUUGACUGCAUUUCCAUGAAUGUUCAUGGAAAUGCUUGUUAAGGUUGUAUUUGGCUUCAGUAAUGGUAGCCUGAUAAGACGAUGUUAUAUAAUCCCCCUGUCUUUUCUCUACCUCAGAAUUGGAAGUUCUGGGCCCUGGAAUAUCCGAGAAAGAAAGUUCUUCACAGAUUCUGAGCGCCACUAAUGGUAUCCUCCUGCUGCACUUAGCUUCUACAAAGACAAAGUAUUGACUUGAUGUUUUUUAAAAUAGAGUCGGAUCCAUCUGUAUCAACUCCCCUCUGAUAUUCGGCGAGAUCGAUCUCAUGCUAUUAGUCUGCAUGUAACUCUUGACAUGUCAUAUGCCUGCCACAAUACAUGUAGCGAACUUUAAUGGUUACGACCUUAAGAUUAGUCUUUGUGAUUCAUGUAUAUAUUCUCCUCCUAGGUGAGGCAAAAGUGAUAUCAUCUAAAGGUGUGCUGCAUAAAGUUUGUUCUGCAAACAAGUGGAAGCUCCCUGAAUAUGAAUACUCCUUGGAGCAAGAUCCUUCCCAAAUGAUACGGUUUACCUGUAAGGUUAUAGUCGAGAUCCCGGUUGAAGAAGCAGCAUCCACUACGUUCUUGGAGUGUUUUAGUGAUCCCAUGCCCAAAAAGAAAGCGGCAACGGAGCAUGCGACUUCAGGAGCUAUCUGGUAUUUAAAGCAGCUUGGUUACUUCCCCUCAGAAGGAAAGUCCAAGAGUAAAAGAAGGAAGAAUAACCACAAGAAACCGAAAACGGAUGGAGAGUACAACCCCACGAGCCAGUGACAAUCUCAAGUGGGUUUCUCUCUAACUUGUCAAGAUGAAGUAGGCAUGGGUGAACUGGCUGCAAAAAUGGUGGUAGCACUGGUUCACAGACUAACCUUGAAGAGAACAAGUAGCGGGUGCAAACACUCUUAUUCAAUCUCUGUAUCUAUGGGCCCUGUUACUCAUUUUGAAUAGUGCUUGUUUUGUAAAAGCCUUUGCUGGGUUGAUGAUAUCUGUCGACUGUCAUGCCUUGAGCUGUGUAGGAAGAAUCAAGAGGUUUGGGCAGAAUAUUAUUUAGAUUUUUUUUAUUGAACUGUGUCUUGAUCAUUUGGAUUAACUCUUUUUUUUUUUUACAUCAUUUUGAUUAACUCUUUGGUAAUGCCUUAACAACUCAUAUUUAAAGCAAAUAAAGUAAACCGAGCUGCAGUGACAGGCAUGGCAGAU